AUGUCGGCGGCGCCCAUUUUUGGCCUGAACAAUGCUGCUGACGGGACUUCUGUGGCGGAUCCGCGGGCUACUUCCGGUGUGCCGCUUCCAGAUGUGUGUCUGGAGUGCGCCCCGGGCUAUCGCAUGGCUGACGAGGGCCGCAGCUGCUACCUGGUGAAGAGUUCGAUAUGGUCUCGGUCCUUCUACGCCAUGGUAGCGGGUAUCCUGAUCGCUUUAACGGUGCUGUGCGUCCGUUUGCUAGUGCGACCGUCCCAAUUUCACGCCAAUCUGGACCGUUAUCGCCAGGAGUUGGGAUCACAUCGGGGAGGUCACGGAAGUUCGAAAUUGGGUAAAGGCAUUAUUGGUUCCCUGCUGGGACUGAUGAACGAGGACAUUGCAGGCAUUGGAGUUAUGCUAUACUUCCGUUUCUUGGCGUUCGUGCUGGGUACAACACUUGUCUUGCUUUUGCUGAGCGUGGCUCAUGCCCACAUUCCGUGCUCAGACAUGAUCCGGUCGUUAGGCGAACCCUUCUCUCUCGACCGCCCGGACGCUGUGCGUGUUGACUCUUCUUGGCUGGGAUGGCUAGGUAUGCGACGAUCGCCUGGAUGGCGUGAGCACCUGCUGAACUUCAAGAUCGUCGACGACGCCAUCACCUGGAGCGUCUCCCAGUACGUUGAGGACAAUGCCCGUGCUAUGCACGUGUUGUAUAUCGCAGUAAUGGGAAUUACGCUCGCAUUUGCAUGGUCGCAGCACAAGUUCAUCAGGGAGUACUUCAAGCGCAACCCCCGCGUUCAGAGCUUCACGCUGAUCCUGGAGCGGGUGCCGCCCGUCCACACGCUGGAGGACUUCGUAGAGAAUGCCUGCGGCGUACGUCCGAAGUCGGUUACCGUGGCAUACGACAUCGAUAAAGCGUCUGAAGGCUUGCAGGAGUUUAUCAAUCUGCAAGACGAUGAGGAGGGCAGCGGAGUCUACGUCAACCUCGACAUGGCACUCGAGCACAGGCGUGUCCUGGAAUCGCUGGAGCCCAGCGGUACGGCCUAUGCCGUGUUCCGUACCCGGUUGGAUAUGCGGAAAGCGUUGAUAUCGCUGAACAGAAGCGGCAUCUGCAACGCGCGAUUGUGUGAUCUGGAGCCGGAGGAUGUUGAAUGGUCAAACAUCUUCAAGGGUGAAGGCCUUCUUAGGCGCGCCGUUGAGAUGACUGCUGCAGUGUGCGUCACGCAGCUGUUCUGGACGUUGGUUUUCUUCAUGCCGUAUGCGGCUUAUAAGCUUCACGCGGGUUCCACCGAUCUGUGCGAGGCUUUAUGGUUGUACAUGUUUACUGGAGUGGGUAACGGACUGGUCGCCGCCUCCAUCCACAAAGCUACUGAGAAGGUAAGGUUCGCAAGCGUGCAAUCCGCGGAGAACUACACUAUGUGGAUGAGCACUGCCGCGCAGCUUCUUAACAUCGGGCUCAACGUGCUGCUCGCCCACCUAAAUAACUAUGGGGGGCACUACAAGGUGCUGUCCAUGGUCAAGGACUUCGCGCUGUACAGGCGGACGGCGACUUUCAGCGUUGGUGAGGAGGUUUCGAUAACGCAGAGCCUGAGUACCUACAUGGUCAACGUGAUACUGCUGGUCCCGGCGCUGGCUUUCGUGUUGGUGCGCUACGGCGCGCCGUUGAUGGGCGCCCUUUACGUGCUUGCAGCAGAUUUGGACGACCGUGUAUCGCACUUGUUACGGCCGGCACCUUUCGAGCUCAACGGUCGGUACGGCAGCGCUGUUGUGAACUUCACGUGUUCACUGCUGCUGCAGUACGUUAUCCGGAGCAGGAUGCAAUCAUUUAUUAUCGCAUUUGCGCUGCUGGCUUCGUAUGUUGUGCACUACGGCGUCGACGCAUACGUGCUGAUAAACAAGGCGGCGCCCUCUGGUUUGAACGGCACUGCGGCGUUUCACAACGCCAUGCUGAUGUGGUCGGUUCCGACAGGAAUCCUGGCCGCUUGUCCCUCGUACUGGCGGUGGCGUGGAAUGGACGGGUAUCUGGCAACAACCUUCGUGAUCUUCGGGGCACACGUGUUGAUUUACUGCACGUUCAUCUACUUCAUCUGCAGGCCCCGUGACCACAUCGAUGGAGCCGAGGAGAACACAUCUACAUCAGACUAUAGCCUCCGGAACCCUGUCUACAAGCUGCGGCGACUUGCUGGAAUUUGA